UCCGUGACAGACAGAAUGGAUGUUAUCAAAUCAUCAAAGCAAACGAUAAAACUGAUUUAGAUUACAAUAUACUAUAUAUGAUUUAGGAUCAAGAGAAUGCCUUCAGUUGACUGAGAUAUAGAGUUACAAUAAUGGUGCCUUAUUCGGUAAUAUUUACUUUAAUUUUAUUGACAUCAUACGUCUCGGUAUCAACAUCGAAGGCGUCAGAUGGAAUGCGACAUGAUGUAAGGCAUUUCCCCGACGGGUUUCUGUUCGGCACCGCCACUGCUUCUUAUCAAAUUGAAGGAGCUUGGAAUGAAGACGGAAAAUCGGAAAAUAUUUGGGAUCAUAUGACACACGAAAACCCUUGCGUUAUAGAUGACUGUUCUAACGGAGACAUAGCUGACGAUUCCUAUCAUCAGUACAAAAGAGAUGUAGAGAUGAUGAGGGAGUUGGGACUCCAUUACUACAGAUUCUCACUUUCUUGGUCAAGAAUUCUACCUACGAGCUUUCCAGAUAAGAUAAAUGAGGCUGGAGUAGCUUACUAUAACAAUCUGAUCAAUGAGAUGCUAAAAUACAAUAUUGAACCAAUGGUCACCUUGUACCAUUGGGAUUUACCACAAAAAUUACAGGAGCUUGGCGGAUGGGCUAACCCCCAUAUUGUUGACUGGUUCGGGGACUACGCUCGCAUAGCCUUUGAACUUUUCGGAGACAGAGUCAAAUAUUGGAUUACAAUGAAUGAACCACGCGAGGUUUGCUAUCAAGGAUAUGGUUAUACUACCAAAGCACCAAGAUUGAAUAUUCAUGGAAUUGCGGAAUAUAUGUGUGCUAAGAAUUUGCUUGUUGCCCAUGCUAAAGCGUAUCAUAUCUAUGACGAAGAGUAUAGGGCUUUGUAUGGCGGUACUAUUGGUAUUACUUUGAGUAUUACAUGGCACGAGCCAGAGUCUGAAGAUGAUGCCCAGGCUGCUGAAGAUGAAAAUCAGUUUGAGUGGGGAAUAUAUGUUCAUCCAGUAUUUUCAGUAACUGGAGAUUUUCCACCGGUGAUGAAAGAAAAAAUCGCAGCCAAAAGUGCUGCUCAAGGUUUCGCUAGAUCUAGACUACCCGAAUUUACCGCAGAAGAAAUCGAGUACGUACGAGGAAGUUCUGAUUUCCUUGGUAUGAACUACUAUACCGCUUACUUGGUAUACAGAAAUGAGUCUGUAUAUUCAGCUCACGCAGUACCAUCGUUUUAUGAUGAUAUGGACUGUGUAAGAUACCAGCCAGCUAAUUGGGAAGGUGGAGCUUCAAAGUGGUUAAAGAAAGUCUCGUGGAGUUUCUACAAAAGUCUGAUGAAAAUUAAGGAGGACUACAACAAUCCUAUCGUAUACAUUACUGAGAAUGGUUACUCAACAACUGGCGGUUUAGAUGAUGAUGAUCGCAUUCUUUACAUUAGAGAGUAUAUUGACGCUAUGCUGGAUGCCAUUGAAGAUGGAGCUAAUGUCCAGGCAUACACUGCCUGGAGUCUCAUGGAUAACUUCGAGUGGAUGCAAGGAUACACGGAAAGGUUUGGCCUGUACGAGGUAGACUAUCAGAGUCCAGAGAGAACGCGUACUCCUCGCAAAUCCGCUUUCAUAUUCAAAGAGAUGGUUCGGAGUCAUGCCUUGGACUGGCAUUACGAACCUGACACUACGGUCAUGACAAUUGAUGAGGGACAUUGAUUCAAUAUGAUUUUCUGAGAUCUAUAAUACAUAUAUCUUAGUUUAAGGUAUAUAUUACUAAGGACUUUUCUUACCUGAAAUAAAUAACUGUAUAUAUAAUUUUGAUUUAAUGUA